CGGAGCCUGGGCGUGUGCCGCUCGCCGCUGCCGGGGCUCGCCGAGCCGCCUCUGGUGCACACACACGUACAUUGUCCGAGCGAGCUGCCGCCGCCGCCGCAGCGAGAGAGCGCCCCGGGGCUCGGUGCCAAUGCGGGGUGGGCGCUGCAAGCCGGGGGCUUCUCCACCACCCCGGUGGAAAGUUCAUCUUCGCCUGGGCCCGCCGCACCAUUGAUCCAGAGCGGCCGCCGCCGGGGAGGGAGGCAGGAUCUGCGGCUCUGGCCGGGAGGGGGGAUUUUUUUUGUCUUUUCCCUCCAAACUUUCUGUGCGCGCCUCCCGCAGAAGCCCCCCCCGCCCCCGCCGAGAAUUUGCCUCUUCCCAGCUGUCUGCCGUGCAAGGAAAGCCGCCGGGGCGGGCGUGAGCGCUGGGGGAAUUGAGCCAUCCCCGACAACGAGGGGUCCACCACUUUCUACAGGGCCAGAGUGGCCAUCAACAGGCUCUUAUUUACAAGUUUGAAUGAAGAGAACACAGAUGAAAGUCUUUUCCAUGGAGACUGGAUGCCUGUCUGGGAGAUAUGCUGUAGUCAAGUACAAGUUAAUGUGCUCAAUACAGGGGUAGUCUUUAAUGGACCAGUAAGGAGAGGCGUCUGUCCAAUUGGUUUCUGGAAUUUGGAAGGUGCCUAGGAGGAGACUGCAAGUGAGAGCAGCAGAGGUGCUGGCACCUGGUGAACAUAGAAGUUGGCACCGAGCACACCAGUGCCUGGUGUUGGUGCUGCUGGAGACCCUGAGCUGGGGUCAGCGGGAAGAUGACUGAGUACAAGCUGGUGGUGGUUGGAGCAGGUGGCGUUGGGAAGAGCGCUUUGACAAUACAGCUCAUUCAGAACCAUUUUGUUGAUGAAUAUGACCCCACGAUAGAGGAUUCCUACAGAAAGCAGGUAGUCAUCGACGGAGAGACCUGUCUGUUAGACAUCCUGGACACGGCGGGUCAAGAGGAGUACAGCGCCAUGCGAGACCAAUACAUGCGGACGGGGGAGGGCUUCCUGUGCGUCUUCGCCAUUAACAAUACGAAAUCCUUUGAAGAUAUUCACCAGUACAGAGAGCAGAUCAAGAGAGUGAAGGAUUCAGACGAUGUCCCCAUGGUGCUGGUGGGAAACAAGUGUGACCUUCCAGCCCGGACAGUGGAAACCCGGCAAGCACAGGACCUGGCCAGGAAUUACGGGAUCCCCUACAUAGAGACAUCAGCAAAAACCAGACAGGGUGUUGAAGACGCCUUCUAUACCUUAGUGCGGGAGAUCCGGCAGCACAAACUACGCAAGCUGAAUCCACCGGAUGAAAGUGGCCCAGGCUGCAUGAAUUGUAAAUGUGUGGUAUCAUGACCAAGUUGACCGGACCGUGACUUGGAGGGUUUCCACUGUGCGGAGCAUGCGGACAGAGGUGAAACAAAAGAAGCAGCAAACUGAUUCAGGGGAGGAGUAUGGGGGAGGAGGGAGACCAGGAGGAGGAUAUCUUGAGCCCCGCACGGACUGUCUCAAACUUCAUCAAGGCCUGUGACAAGCGACUUUUUUUCCCCCUCCCCGUCUCCUUUUGCCUCCUCCUCUCCCAGCAACUGUACAAAGCCACAGAUUGAAUCACAGUAAAUUAUUAUUUGAUGGUCUCGA